AAAAAAGAAAUCAAAAUAAAAAAUCAAUAAAAAGAGGUACCUUUUCCGGCAUCGCCUUGGAUAAUCAAAUCAUCCGUUAAUCGUGAAUUACUACCACUUCACCAUCCUCCCUCCACACUUCUUGCUUGCCUUUCUCUGAAACAACAGACCAUGGAUGAUGACCUUCAUGGAAACAACGGUGGAAUGCACAAUGGCGGCGGAGUUCAAGAUCCAAAUCACUCAAUGCACGUGCAGUAUGAUCAUCGCGGUAUGAUGGAUGAGCAGCACGCUGAUGAUGUGAUGAACGAGGGACUGGAGGCAGACAUUCCUUCUCACCUUGGCAACACAUCUGAUCAUCGCGGUGAGGUUGUGGACCGUGGCAGUGAAAAUGGAGAUCAGUUGACCUUGUCCUUUCAGGGACAAGUUUAUGUUUUUGACCGCGUCUUGCCUGAGAAGGUUCAAGCUGUGCUUUUGUUACUUGGAGGAAGGGAAGUACCAAAUACAGUCCCGACAACCGUAGGAUCACCUCAUCAGAACAAUAGGGUACUGGGUCUAUCUGGUACUCCUCAAAGGUUUAGUGCCCCCCAAAGGCAAGCCUCGUUGCUCAGAUUUAGGGAGAAAAGAAAAGGGAGGAAUUUUGAUAAGACAAUUCGCUACACUGUCAGGAAGGAGGUAGCAUUGAGAAUGCAACGUAAGAAAGGUCAGUUUACAUCUGCCAAGUCAAGCAAUGAGGAUUCUGCAUCCAAUGGAUCGGAUUGGGGCUCAGGCCAGAGCUGGGCUUUGGAAGGAACUGAGACUCAGAAGCCAGAGGCUUUAUGUCGGCACUGUGGAACCAGUGAGAAGUCAACUCCAAUGAUGCGACGUGGACCUGAAGGGCCAAGGACACUUUGUAAUGCAUGUGGACUAAUGUGGGCAAACAAGGGGGCACUUAGGGACUUAUCCAAAGCCCCUCCUCCUCCAACAGCCCAGAAUCUGCCUGCAAAUAAAAUUGAUGAAUCAAUUCUUGAGGCUGAGCUAGCUGGGGACAUUAGCAACUCACAGUGAGAGAGUAAGUGAGUAAACAAACCCAUUGUAAGCAAUAAAAAACGAUGUGAGUUUGGUUGAUGAGGGUUCUUUGGGACACUCAUAAUCUGUUGUUGUAUAAUUUUUAGAAAGAUCACUCAUGAGAAGAGAUACAAAUAAAAGAUAUUUGCUCAGUCUCUUCUGUAUGUUUGAUUUGUUUCACAAGUCUUUUUAUUUAUCUUUUUCCUCAGGUAGAAACAGUGAACUUCUUGUAGCUUUUUAAAAUUUAUUGACACACAAUAAAACA